UCUUCUGCGUUGGGUCCAUUCGAUCGAUCUCCUUCCCAACCAUAUCGACCGUGGUCUUCUCCUUCCUCCUCCUCCUCCUCCUCCUCCUCCUCCUUUCUCUCUCUAGAAAUUUCACUUUGCUUACUUUCCUUCUGCACAUCUCUCUCUCUCUCUCUCUCUCUCUCUCUCUCUCUCUCUCUCUCGUCUUCAAAAACCUGCGCACCGCGUUUCCAAGUCCUUUUUCAUGGAUUCUCUACGCGUCAUCCCACGAGUUCCACUCCAUUGAUUUUCCCCCUUAUCUAGUCGACACCAUAUAUAACCACGCCCCCACCUACUGAAGCUAUAGCUUCACUUGUGUUGUGUUGUCUUGUGUUCUCCAUUGGCGACCGAAGACGAGAUGAAGGGCCUCGCCAAGCACGAGCGCCGGUGGGCGUCGGACACCGUCCCCGGGAAGUCUCCGGCGAGCGGCGGCACCUCGCCGGCGGGCACGGAGUCCAGCUCGGGCGAGGAGCUCGUCGAGGUGACGCUCGACCUGCAGGACGACGACACGAUCGUUCUCCGGAGCGUCGAGCCCGCGACGGCCGCGUCGGCGUUGGUGAUCAGCAUCGACGAUGACGACGGCGGCGGCGGCGGCAGCAGCGGCGGCGGGACCCCGCGCUCCGCGUCGGCCUCGUGCCCAUCGCGGUCGCCGACGAUGCGCCGCAGCUCGUCGAGCCUGCUCCGGCAGUUCUCGCAGGAGCUCAAGGCGGAGGCUGUGGCGAAGGCGCGGCAGUUCUCGCAGGAGCUCAAGGCGGAGCUGCGGCGGUUCUCGUGGAGCCACGGCCACGCGUCCCGCGUGCUCUCGGCGUCCACGUCGUCGGCUGGCCAGAAUGCCGGCGGGUUUGACGUGGCCCUGACGGCCCGGGCCCUGCGGAAGCAGCGCGCGCAGCUUGACCGGAACCGCUCGGGCGCGCAGAAGGCGCUGCGUGGGUUAAGGUUCAUCAGCAACGGCAAGACCACCGGCAACGUCGAUGCAUGGAACGAAGUUCAGGCCAGCUUCGAUAAGCUUGCCAAGGACGGCUAUCUCUUUCGUCAAGAUUUCGCACAAUGCAUAGGGAUGAGAGAUUCGAAGGAGUUUGCUUUAGAGCUGUUCGAUGCAUUGGGAAGGAGGAGGAGAAUGACGGUCGACAAGAUCAGCAAAGACGAGCUCUACGAGUUUUGGUCUCAGAUCACUGAUCAGAGCUUCGAUUCCCGUCUCCAGAUCUUCUUCGACAUGGUAGACAAGAAUGAAGACGGUCGAAUCACGGAAGAAGAAGUAAAGGAGAUCAUAAUGCUGAGCGCUUCGGCGAAUAGAUUAUCGAGGUUGAAGGAGCAGGCGGAGGAGUACGCAGCUCUGAUCAUGGAGGAACUGGAUCCAGAGCGGCUCGGCUACAUCGAGCUAUGGCAACUAGAGACGCUGCUGCUGCAGAAGGACACAUACCUCAACUACAGCCAGGCGCUGAGCUACACAAGCCAAGCUCUGAGCCAGAACCUACAGGGCCUGAGGAGGAGGAGCCCCAUCAGGAGACUGAGUACCAAGUGUUUGUACUAUCUAGAAGAGAAUUGGAGGAGGAUUUGGGUUGUAAUGUUGUGGAUCAUGAUCAUGAUCGGCCUCUUCACUUGGAAAUUCUUGCAGUACAGGCAGAAGGCUGCCUUCCAAGUCAUGGGCUAUUGCCUCCUCACAGCGAAAGGCGCUGCCGAGACACUCAAGCUCAACAUGGCUCUCAUCCUGCUGCCCGUGUGCCGGAACACCAUCACCUGGCUCCGGUCCACCAAGGUCGGCCUCUUCAUACCCUUCGAUGACAACAUCAACUUUCACAAGACGAUUGCUGCCGCUAUUGUAGUCGGUGUCAUCCUCCAUGUGGGUGACCAUCUUGCGUGCGACUUCGUGAGGCUCGAACAUGCGUCUAUGUCAGAUUACAGUAGCUACUUGAAGGAUGAUUUCGGAAAUCCGAAGCCGACGUACUUUGAUCUUGUCAAGGGACCUGAAGGCGUAACUGGGAUCCUCAUGGUGAUCUUGAUGGCAAUAGCCUUCACAUUAGCCACCCGAUGGUUCCGGCGAAGCCUCGUCAAAUUCCCGAAACCCUUCGACCGGCUCACUGGCUUCAACGCAUUUUGGUACUCGCACCACCUGUUUGUACUUGUCUAUAUCCUUCUCAUCAUUCACGGAGUCUUCCUUUACCUCGUUCACCUCUGGUACCGCAAGACGACGUGGAUGUAUCUUGCCGUUCCUGUAUUGCUCUAUGCCGGAGAAAGGACCCUGAGAUUCUUCAGGUCUGGAAUGUACACAGUCCGACUGCUCAAGGUUGCGAUCUACCCUGGAAAUGUCUUGACGUUAAAGAUGUCGAAGCCUCCCCAAUUUAAAUACAAAAGUGGGCAGUACAUGUUCGUCCAGUGUCCUGCGGUUUCUCCAUUCGAGUGGCACCCGUUUUCGAUAACCUCAGCUCCUGGUGAUGACUACCUCAGUGUUCAUAUCCGUCAACUAGGCGACUGGACGCGAGAGCUCAAAAGGGUGUUUGCCGAGGCUUGCGAGCCUCCCGUUGCGGGAAAGAGUGGCCUCCUCAGGGCUGAUGAAACAACCAAGAAAAGUUUGCCGAAGCUCUGCAUAGACGGCCCAUAUGGCGCUCCAGCACAAGACUACAAAAAAUACGAUGUGUUGCUGCUGGUUGGUCUCGGAAUUGGGGCAACGCCUUUCAUUAGUAUCCUCAAAGAUUUAAUCAACAACAUUGUCAGAAGCGAGGAACAAGCAGACUCGGUCACAGAUAUCAGUAGGAACUCGGAUUUAAGCAUCGGGAGCGUUGACUCUCCCGGCCCGAACCGGGUUUCCCCGAGGCGCAGGAAAACUCUGAAGACCACAAAUGCUUACUUCUACUGGGUGACCAGAGAACAAGGGUCAUUCGAUUGGUUCAAAGGGGUCAUGAAUGAGGUCGCAGAGCUUGAUCAAAGGGGGGUGAUUGAGAUGCACAAUUACUUGACCAGCGUGUACGAGGAAGGUGAUGCAAGGUCUGCUCUCAUCACUAUGGUCCAAGCUCUUAAUCAUGCCAAGAAUGGGGUAGACAUUGUUUCUGGAACAAGGGUAAGGACUCAUUUUGCAAGACCCAAUUGGAAGAAGGCUCUCACAAAACUAUGCUCCAAGCACAGUGGUGCAAGAAUAGGUGUUUUCUACUGUGGAGCACCUGUUUUGGCCAAAGAGCUGAGCAAGCUCUGCUACGAGUUCAACCAGAAAGGUCCCACCAAAUUCGACUUCCACAAGGAGCAUUUCUAGACUAAUUUUGGCUUCUCGAAAUCCCCUUUAUUAGCUUUCAAACACCUUCUUCAUUCCACCCAAAGAGAGUCAAGAAACUCUUCUUCUUCUUCCUUUUUUUUGUGUCUCGAGAUUAAUUUCAACUGUAAGGAGGCCUGAAGAUUCUGUACAGAGAAUUGGGUAGAGAAGAGAGAAACCAACAAGUUAGAGCCAGUACAGUCACUGUAAUUACUUACAAUAUAUAGUUGUAGGACCCCAGAGAUGAAAAAAAACAUAGAAUAAAAGGGAAAGGGAAAGCCGGUCACUCCACAUCAUGCACGUGGCUACAGCGCGGAGGAGGAAGGUGGGCGGCGGCCCAGAACGACGUUGCGGGACAGCUGCAAAAGGGUCAGGUUGACCUCAGCAGCAGCAGGCCUUUGACAGUGAAACGGCAGUGCGUUUCAUGAUUGGGCUGCACGUUCAUUCAUGGGUGGGGUUUAGGACAGUGACCCUUUUUUAUUUUGUCUACCUAAGUGUAUGGGCCUAAGUAUAUAUAAAAAUAUAUUAUAUAUUUUCCA